GAAGCUGUGGCUGGGAAAGCGAAACCAGCGAAACGUCAUCAACGUGUAUCAGACAGCAGUCUAUGGCGUCGCCUCAAAAGCCUUGGGAACAACAAAACUGGGAUAAGUCAUUUUUUGCCGCCAUGCGGCCGUGCGGGGACACUGGUAACCUCAACAGUUCUCAGAAUUUGUGUGGUGACAGCAUUACGGGAGGUCCCGUAUCAGCCCCACCUGUACCCCCACGACCAGACACAUAUGCUUCAAACAUCCCCUUUGGAGGCAGUGGCUAUGGCAUGUAUGGGAGUGGCUUCGGCAGCAUAUAUGGAGGCAACUACGGCAGCUGUGGAGGCUAUGGUUCAUACGGAGGAUACGGCGGCUACGGAUCUUUCUACCCUGGACGGUGGGGUUCAUCAUCCGAGGGACCUUUGGCUCGUCUGGCGGAACAUGGCUCCCGUCCAGCAUUCCAAUCCGUGGAGGCCCUGGUGCAGGCCUUUGGCUCGGUGGCCAUGAUGCUAGAGUCCAGCUACCAUGCCCUAGUAACAUCCUUCAGGGCAGUGGUCGGCGUGGCCGACCAGGCAUCUCGGCUCAAGGAUUCUUUGGGCAGGAUAAUUUCAGCCCUGGCUUUAGUACGAGCGCUGCGGUGGAUGGUGCGACGUACUCUUGCCAUGCUAGGACUCGUGGAGCAGGCAAAGUUUCAAGACCUGUCUGGCAUGCCCUCAAAUAACAGCCCGUCCGCAUGGCCAGUGAUGGUGUUUUUGGGCUUUGUGGUUUGUGCUCCUUGGCUUCUCUGGAAGAUGGUAUCCUCCGCUACUUCUGCUGCAGGACGAUGGGCAAGUGGUCAGGAUGAGCACUACGCAGCCGUGGCCACGUUUGAUUUUGUGGCUGCAAGCACAGCUGAAUUAAGCCUCCACGCGGGACAGGAAAUCCGACUGGCACCACGAGAGCUGCAACCUGCAGUAAAGGGGUGGCUGUUGGCCAGCAUUGAUGGAGAAACAACUGGACUGGUGCCUGCAAAUUAUGUGCGUGUAUUGGGACCACGAAAGGGAGAACUCCCACAGUCAUAGUAUGGUUCUUCUGCCUCUGUAAAUAAAGUAUUGUAAUAUAAUAAAACGACAAACUGCA